GCUGCGGGACGUGUACGGGUGUCGAGUGUGCUGUCUGUCUCACCCCACUGGUUUACUCUUUCACACACUCUGGAGAUGGUCAGAUACAAGAGAGGGCCUUUAAUUCAUUUGUGAGCGUAGAUUCCGUCAUGGCACUGAUGAGGAUCGAGGGUCAGGGGUUUGCAGCUGCAGUCUUCUAUGGCGUGUGCUCAGCCUCCAUGGCCUUCUUGAACAAGGGUGUCAUCAACUCCUACGAAUUCCCUUUCCCGUUCUUCAUCAUGGCAUGUCAGAUGUUAGUGACUGUAGUGUUCCUUGAGAUACUAAUAACCCUCGGCAAAAUUAGUCUCCCAGCGUACACCUGGAGGUCUGCGUACAUGUUUCUGGCACCUUCUCUGGGCUAUGCCUUUCAUGCUACUCUUUCACUCAUGGCACUCCAAGGUAUGAAUAUUCCGAUGUAUGGAGCUGUUAAACGUUGUACGCCGCUGGUGAACCUAAUCCUAUCUGUGGUUAUCCUCCAUCGACCAUUUCCAUCUGUCACACUAAUUUCAUCAAUACUUAUUAUCACAACAGGCUGUUUUGUGGCAGUGCUGGGUGACUUGACAUUUGAUACAUUUGCUUACACCAUGGGUGGCUUCAGUGUGCUGGCACAAGGACUGUACCUGACCCUGGUGCAGCAGUGUGCAGAGAACAAGCUGUCAACCUGGGAGAUCCUCCAGUUAAACAGUUACAACACUCUCGGACCCUUCAUUAUAUCUUCAGUGCUUAUGGGCGAGCCUGAAGCCAUUGUACAAAACCGCUAUAUAACAGAUGCUGGCUUCCACUUCACCUUUUGGACGCUGGUCUGUAUGGGUGCUGUGUUGAACUAUUCACUCUUCUUGUGUACAGCACUCAACUCAGCACUCACCACAUCCCUAGUGUCUGUAGCCAAGUCUGCUAUCCAGACACUUGUAGGGUUCUUUGUUUUUGGUGGAGUUAAAUAUCACCCACUAAAUAUUGCAGGUAUUGUGAUGAAUACGGUAGGUGGCUUUAUGUACACUUACACCAAGUUCCAAGAAGGUAAGAAAAACACCUUCCAGAAGGAUGAGAAUUAUAAUAAAGUGUCUAUUAAUAGCAAUCUCAGUUUUCCUGCUGAAAAGUCAUUACAUGCAUCAGGUGUGACCAAAGACUUACAUGCACUCAGUGAAAUUAAAGUCAGUUAACAAUAUAUGUUUAUAAUCUUUAUAUACAGUAGUAACAUAUUUUAAGUGUGGAAUUAGAUAUAUUUCAAAAUAUGGCCCCUGACCCCCUCACCCAAGUAAUGUAUCCUUCAUCUACAAGAAAUGGUCAUUGUUAAAAAUUUAUUCACCCAAGGCUCUUUAGCUUCCAUUAUCAUGGCAACUUACAGGUAUUCCUCACUAUACAUAAGGCAUAGUUCCACAAUUGGUGGGUAAUGUAAAAAAUUGUACUGUACGUAUAUUGAAAGUGAUUUUCUUCGACAGUGUUAUAAAUGGAGGAUGAGUUCCUGGGGCUGAUUUUCACCUUUGUGCAACAAAAUUAAUCAAACUAAAUACAAAGGAGACAAUAAAUUAUAUGAAAUACAGUAUUGAUUAAUGUAUAAUUAAAUGAUUACUCAUCAUAAGUACUGAACAUAAAUAAAACUAGAGUAAAUUUAGAUAUCGAGGGGAUGAUGUGACUCAUUCAUGGUGUUGUUUAUCUUGCUCCAGAAAAUUCUCAUAGAUUCCCCUCACAGAGGAAAGGACACUGGUGCUGUUAUCAGCCAUACUUUCUCUCACAGAGAGGAAGUAGGGAUGGACACAUGUGUAGCUUCUAUGUGUACUUCAUCUUUAAAUUAUACACAACUCAGAUCACUGACAAGCCAAGAUAGGGUUGUUCCCUGAUGCCUGCAUCAGCACCACAACAUCUUCCAAUGAUACGAAAAAAAAAAUAUUUUGCUCAGUUCAGAGUUUUCAUUUAUAUAACAAAGCUUGGAUAAAAAUUACCAACAGUAGCAGUCAUUCAAUGCAAAGGGCAGGUCCCUGAUUUGAUGCCCGAGAUUGGCAAAAUAAUAAUACUUGUGCAGUGAACCCUAUUCAGUGGAGUGGUACAGUUUAUAGUGAAGUGGUUAGGAGCUUGGGUAUAUCUUUUAAAGUUUGUGCAACAGAAAAUAAUGGUUAUCAGUGAAAAUGCAUAGUGAAAAGUGUUCACUUAUUUAUAGAUGUUGUAUAUUCAAAAAUAAAUAUAGUGGGAGUGUGUAUAGUGAGGUCUGCCUGUAUUCAACUUAUGACAGCUGGCUACAUCACUGUUGUCAAGAUGCUGAAAAGCAUUGUUGUAUCUCAUUUCACUACCUGUAAAGUGUGUUGCAAUUUUAGGGAGAAUGGGAUUAUAUUAUUACAGAGCCUGAAUUAUGUGGUGGAAGCACACAGUUCGGCAUCUAGAUGUGGUUAGAGAAAUCAGUUGGUUUUAUUUAAAAAAAAGUGCAUGAUCACUUUCUUAUUGUCAGCACCACAGCCACCUUCUUGUUUGUUCAUCCGUCCAUAGUUUGACUCUAUCUCAUGUAAGCUCUAUAUUUAAAAUGGUUUGAUGUAAUUUUUGAAGCUAUGGUGAAUCGUCUUUGAAUGAAUUUUAAGAUUAUUAUUGAGCUUUAAUGAAGUUUCUGUAAAUUAUGUCAGUAUAUUCACUAAUGUACUGUAUUGAAUUAAUUUACAUGUGGGUCAAGUGUAGAGUACAGUAUAGUAUUAGAGUAUGUGCAGUAACUACACAUACCAGAGGGCCCUCUCCUUGUUGAGGGGAAGGUGCUAUAUAUUACUGUAACAUUUAUUAGGACAGUUUAAUGAACUAUAGUGUUAUUGAAUGUGAAGUAUACAUUAUGCAAUGUGAUAAUGGUGGGCUGUGACAAACAGUGUACCUUCUCGGGUGAAAGGGUUAGUUUGGUGUCAAGCUUGAUGAAGCAACUGCAGGAUAAUAGUCUAGUGCCUGACUCUCACAUAUCAUGAGUGAAGGUUGAUGCAAUAGUGUGUUCAUGUAACCAACUUUAAUCAUUGUUUGCUUUGCUUAGGUAUUAGUUUGUGUUAAAGGAACACUCGUGCAAUUCUGCAGUUGGUCAGGGAACAAAUUGGCACUUUCAGUGCAUUGCUUCUAACCAUAGCUAUAAUACUUAAAUUUUCAGGCAGAAAACUUUGUUCAUCAUUAACGUACACCUGUGGCAAAUAGUGUUCUUCAACCAUAGUGAAAUCUCCCUUAACUAGAUUAAUUGAUGUGUGUUGACUUACAAACAUUGCCUUAACCAAAUAUUUUCUGGGUACUUGUGCCAUUUUACAAAUACGUACUGUGCUAGAAACCCAAAACCUAGAAAAAUUAAGAAAAAUAUGUGCAAUAUUAAAAGAAAGCUAAAGGAGAAAAUGAAGUAAGUAGUACAGAAGAGAUGUAUAAAUGCCACAAGUACAAUUGCCAAUAUGCAUUCUGAAGAUUCAUGACAUUAGUAAACCAUUGUUUUAUUGGAAAUAUGAGGUAGGUGAUUUUCCAAACCCUUUGUUGUCCACACACACCUGACCCUCGCUUUAUGUUAAUUUGCAAUUAUGCAAGGACCCUGCUGCUGCCCAGAAUUUACUUGAUGCAAACAAGAAAAAAAAAAAACUUAUUCAUUACAGUAUGUGCAA